AUGGAAAACACAACGACGAAACGUUCUAAUGUAGGGCGAAGCUCGCAAGCCCAUAUUGCAAAGUCAAUCAUCGAUUGCGACAUCCACAACUCCGUUCCACCAGGCGGUCUGUCCCCGUACCUAUCCGAACGGUGGCAGGAGCACUACAAGACUUUCGGGCUCCGGGGCCGCAUCGGCGGCUAUUAUCCGCGUGCGCUCCUUAAUGCCGCACGGCGUGAUGCUUGGCCCCCCUCAGGGCUUUCACCCGGUGCAGAUUUAUCGUUCAUGCAGGAGCAGCUCCUUGAUACAUGGAACAUCGAAUACGGCGUGCUUAACCCGCUAAUACCUGUGGGUGAGGAGCUAAAUGUUGAGUUUGGUGCCGCGCUUGCACGCGCAGUCAACGAUUGGCAGGUCGCCGACUGGGUUGAACCUGAGCCACGCCUGCGUGCCUCUAUUGUUCUCCCUUAUGAAGAUGGAGACCUCGCCGCUGAGGAGAUCCAUCGGUGCGGGCCAAAUCCAGCGUUUGUUCAGAUCUUGCUCCUCGCGCGGACGAGAGAUCCGCUUGGCAACCGAAAAUACUGGAAAAUUUACGAGGCAGCCGCUGCGUAUGAUCUACCUAUCGGUAUCCACUUUGGAGGCAAUCAGGGUCCCAUUACAGGUGCCGGAUGGCCCUCUUAUUACAUUGAAGACCACGGCGGUAUGCCGCAAGCCUUCCAUACCCAAGUCAUCAGUUACGCCAUGCAAGGUGUAUUUGACCGUUUCCCGACGCUGAAGAUUAUUCUGAUUGAAGGCGGGUUCGCAUGGUUACCACCCCUUAUCUGGCGACUUGACGCGACAUGGGAAAAACUACGUGCCGAGGUGCCUGAUCUUAAACGGAAACCCUCGGAAUACAUUCGAGAUCAUUUCUGGUUCAGUACGCAACCGAUGGAAGAGCCACCGAAACGCGAGUAUUUCGAGCAACUGCUGGAGCAAAUGGACAUGGACGACAAACUCAUGUUCGCCACAGAUUACCCGCAUUGGGAUUUUGAUUCUCCCGACCGUGCUUUACCCAGUUUCCUGAAACCGGAACUGCGUCGCAAGAUCUUAGCGGAGAAUGCCCGCGAACUUUACGCAUUUGAUAAACUAUAG